AAAAGGGUUUCGCUCAGAAUCUUUGUUUCAAUCGGAAGAGAGUUUGUUUCAAUCGGAAGAGAGUGAUUGAAACCCAUAUUCGAAAAUCUUUCAUUCUUUUCUGUUUCCUUCUCCAGUGAAUCUUCGGAAAUCGAUCAUCGGUAAUCACGGCUAUACACUGGAUAAAGUCACGGCCUUUGAGCUUUCAUGUCCAACAAAAGGGUUUCUUAAUCGUAACUAAUCCUUUGCCUCACGGAGGACGUGGAGCUCUGCCGUUAGUCCUUCCGAUCUCUUCUUCAUAGCAAUGUGAAUUUUGCAUGACAUUAUUCCUGUGGUGGGUUAAUUGGCGACUCUCCGCAUGAAUUUGAUCAAAUGAAGCAAGGUAAUUCAUCUGCUCCUAGAUGUUUAUUGUUUUGAUUUUUGAAGUAUAUUGAUGUGUAUGUGGAUGUGGAUGUGGAUGUAUAUGUUCUGAGGUAGCUUUUGAUUUUGGGAAUCAAUUUAAUUUGUGUUUAUGAUUUCUGUUUGUGUCGGUGUGUUGUCAUCUGUGAGUAUCGGUUUAAGUCUAAAUGUAGAUUCGGAUGGUUAAUAUGCAGGGAUUCAUUUACAAGUAAGUACUGAUUUAGUGAUAUCUUCCAAGUUACCUAGGUUCUCUGAUCUGUACACUCUCACCAUCGACAGUGCUGAACAAACCUUUCUUUGACUUAUGUGAUGAAAUAUUCAUGAACUAUACAUGGAAGGUCUGCCUUUCGGUUCAAUUAAUCUCUUCAGUUUUCAGUUUCUUUCUAUAUGUCUUGUGUGUUAAGUAUUCUUCUACCUUUCACUUAUACACUACUUUUUUACAAAUUUAAAUUUUUAGACCCUCAUCAAUAGGUGUUCUAUCAUUGGACUAUGUCAAAAAUAAUAAAUAUAGUUGGAUCCCAUAAACGUAUUUAAAGAGUAAAAAUGGGAUCCAACCAUUGGAGAUGUUCUGAUUAUGAAAGCAACAUAUUUAAAGAGUAGACGUUUCUGGAUACGGUCCAUGUUUCGGAUCUUCACUUACAUCAUAUAUUUUUAACGCGUUUAUUAAUGGGUGACAUAUGGAGUUGACUCAACAUUGUCUACAUAUGGAGUUGACUUGAAUAUGCAUGCUUGACUCAACUACUUCAAAGAAAAAUUCUAAACAUGCAUGUGUUUUUUGACGAGAUCAACGUUUCUUAAAAAGUUACAAACCAAAGUCUUGCCUUAUUUAGUAGUACUAGUAUCUACAACAACUAUCUGAGCAAAGUUUGGUCUCUUGAAAAAUGUCUCAUAACCAUCUCUUGUCAAUCCUCUGUUUUAUUAUACUCGUCUUCAGCUUCGGCUACGUAUCUGCUCAAAAAUGCGGAGAGAAUCUGUUUUUCAGACCAAACGGUACGUAUGAUACGAACCGUCGUCUCGUUCUUUCAACUCUUGCUUCCAACGUUAGCUCUCGAGAUGGCUACUACAACGUCUCGGCUGGUGAAGGCGCUGGAAGGAUAUAUGCUUUAGGGCUAUGUAUUCCAGGGACUGAUCCAAAGGUCUGUUCCGAAUGUAUCCAACCCGCGUCUGACGGUUUGUUAAAGAACUGUCCCAACCAGACCGAGUCAUGGGACUGGAGAGCCGACAAGACGCUCUGUUUUGUUCGUUAUUCCAACCGCUCGUUUUUCAACGACACUGACCUAGACCCGACCACAGCAGAAUAUUUAAAUUUAGANUUCCAACAAGUCACCGGAGAUGUUUCAGAGUAUAACAGAACAUGGGAAGACUUCAUGGCACGUAUGAUAUCCGCAGCUUCGUCCUCAACUCCAGGCUCGCUUGCUGGCAGACAUUACGCAGCAAACAUAACUCCGUUGCCAGGUUUCCGGAGAAUAUACGUAUUGAUGCAGUGUACUCCAGGGAUUUCUUCUGUGGAUUGUGACGCUUGUCUUCAAGCAAGCGUUCGUUCGUACCAAGGUUGUUGCGGUGGUAAGCAAGGGGGUACUAUUAGGAGACCUGUUUGCUUUUUUCGGUUUGAUCCUUAUCCGUUCCUAGAUGCUUUCGAUAGCAUAACAUCGUCCCCUCCUCCUCAAAGUUCUAAAGAUCCUCAAGAAUCUCAACUCACGGCGUCGCCUCCUCCUCCUCUAGAUGGCAAAAAGAUUUCUACUGGAGUUAUAGUGGCGAUUGUCUUCUCCGUCGUCAUACUCGUUGCGCUGUUAGCUCUAGGUUUGAUUGCUUUGAAGAGAAGACAAUCAUACAAAGCAUUAAAGCUUACUAAUGAUGAUAUUACAAGUCCACAAUCUCUGCAAUUUGAUUUCAAGACAAUUGAAGCGGCAACUGAUAGAUUUUCGGAGAACAACAAAGUCGGUCAAGGUGGAUUUGGUGAAGUUUACAAGGGGUGUGUAUGUAUACCAAAUGGAACUGAAGUUGCGGUGAAGCGACUAUCAAAAAAUUCAGGACAAGGCUCGCAAGAGUUUAAGAACGAGGUUGUUCUUGUGGCGAAGCUUCAACAUAGGAAUCUUGUUAGGCUUCUUGGGUUUUGCUUGGAAGGAGACGAACAAAUACUUGUCUAUGAGUUUGUUCCCAACAAGAGUCUUGAUUAUUUCCUCUUCGACCCAACAAAACGACCACAACUAGAUUGGAGAAGACGGUACAAUAUCAUUGGAGGGAUUGCUCGAGGGAUUCUCUAUCUUCAUCAAGAUUCACGGCUCACAAUCAUACACCGUGAUCUCAAAGCGAGCAACAUUCUCUUAGAUGAUGAUAUGAACCCGAAAAUAGCGGAUUUUGGCAUGGCAAGGAUUUUCGGAAUGGAGCAAACUCGAGCCAAUACUAGCAAGAUAGCUGGAACCUUGUAA